GGUCCUGCGGCCAGCUCUGUCUCUCGGUGCUUUCUGGGAAUCGCUCUUUCCGCAGUCAGCCCUGGGACAGGCAGGAUGGGCAAGUGCCGUGGUCUUCGUACAGCUAGGAAGCUCCGCAACCACCGCCGUGAGCAGAAGUGGCAUGACAAGCAGUACAAAAAGGCACAUUUGGGAACUGCUCUGAAGGCUAACCCUUUUGGAGGUGCUUCCCAUGCCAAAGGAAUUGUGCUUGAAAAAGUUGGUGUAGAGGCUAAGCAGCCUAACUCUGCUAUCAGGAAAUGUGUCAGAGUCCAGCUGAUUAAAAACGGCAAGAAGAUCACCGCCUUCGUACCCAAUGAUGGUUGCUUGAAUUUUAUUGAGGAAAACGAUGAAGUUCUUGUUGCUGGAUUUGGUCGUGCUGGUCAUGCCGUUGGUGAUAUUCCUGGUGUCCGAUUCAAGGUUGUGAAAGUAGCCAACGUGUCACUUUUGGCCUUGUACAAAGGCAAGAAGGAGAGACCCAGAUCCUAGACAUGUUAUCCCGUCAAGAUGUUUAAUAAAAAUUAUUUCACAACAUAA